UUUUUUCCUUGUUCUCACUUGGUCGUUCCUGGUUACCGUCGGGGCAUCGAGUGUGACUCAGGCCUCGUUCCCCACCCAUCCCAACAAUGUCUUCCUCAAUGCACUGUCUCUCUUCCACCUUCACAAACCUCACCCGGCUCGCUCCUCGAUCGCUAUCAUUGCCUUCCACAGCAGACAUGCCACAGCGUCUGGGAGCCAGCAUGUUUCGUUCCUCCUUUCUCCGCGUUGCACACCCCCGCCCGGCGGCGACGACCCGACCGGCCCGCUGCUUCUCAACCACACGGCGACAAGCCUGUGCUAACAUGCCAUCCUCCCCUUCAGAUCGCUUCAUGUCGGCUCUGCACCAGAACAAGGACUGGGCAGCCAAGAUCGCCAAGGAGGACCCUCAACUCUUCCCCACGCUCGCCGUAGGCCAGCAGCCCGAGAUCCUGUGGAUCGGGUGCUCCGACUCGCGGUGCCCUGAAACCACCCUGUUGGGCCUCAAGCCUGGCGAUGUCUUCGUCCACCGUAACAUCGCCAACGUGCUGCACGCGAGCGACCUCAGCUCGUCGGCCGUGAUCGAGUACGCCGUGAAGCACUUGCGCGUCAAGCACGUGGUCGUGUGUGGCCACACCAGCUGCGGUGGGGUCGCUGCUGCUCUUGGCAACAAGCAGCUGGGCAUCUUGGACCCGUGGCUCAUGCCCCUGCGCCAGCUCCGCGAGCAGCACCUGAGCCUGCUGAACUCGCUUCCCACCGACGAGGCCAACCUGAAGCUCGUCGAGUUGAAUGUCCAGGAAGGUGUCAAGACGCUUAAGCAGAAGAGUGUCGUGCUGGAUGCCAUCCAGGAGCGGGGUCUGCGCGUCCACGGCCUGAUCUAUGAUGUCGGAAGCGGUGUGCUCCGGGAGUUGGACACCGAUGAGCCCGAGGAGGCCAUCAAGGCGCGUCUCACUUCGUUCAAGACCGACGUUUAGACUCGAUUGCGAGUUCACAUUUGGGAGGUUCGGUGUUGGUUCUGGCGCUCUGAAUUCAGAGAUGGUGUCGAGGGUCGUGUCGUGUUCAUUUCAGCGAUAAGUGGGGUUUGCAAAUUUGUUGUAUUUAAGUGCUCUGUUGCUUGCUGCUCUCUCGAGAGUGAGUAGUGAGCCAGGUGGAAU